UUUAAACAAAGUAGAAAGUUUCUACAACAAACAAACAAAACACAAAACAUUUCCCCCUUUGCUCAAAAUGGGCAAACACGAGAAACCAGAAAAACAUCAAAACAUAUUUUUAAAACAUCAAAACAAACAUCCAUUUUUAAUACUACAAAAACAUCCAGAAAAACAACAACAACAUUUGGAAAAACAACAAAAACAUCCAGAAAAACAACAAAAACAUCUAGAAGAACAACAAAAACAUCCAGAAAAACAACAACAACAUUUGGAAAAACAACAAAAACAUCCAGAAAAACAACAACAACAUUUGGAAAAACAACAAAAACAUCCAGAUAAACAAAAACAUUUGGAAAAACAACAAAAACAUCCAGAAAAACAACAAAAACAUCUAGAAAAACAACAAAAACAUUUGGAAAAACAACAAAAACAUCCAGAAAAACAACAAAAACAUCCAGAAAAACAACAAAAACAUUUGGAAAAACAACAAGACAAACAUCCUCCAAAACAACAACAACAAAACAAACAUCCUCUAAAACAACAAAAACAAAACAACACACAAAAACAACAACAAAACAAACAUCCUCCAAAACAACAACAAAAACACCCCCAAACUUAUUAUAGAUGUUAUUCAAAAAGUGCUAAUAAUCUUCCUUUAAUUAAUUUUACAAGUAAAAUAUAUUUACUAGCUACCCUAUUUUUGGGAACCUUUUCUUGUAAUUGCAAACAAGAAUUAAUUUCACAAUCAGUUACAAAUAUCCCAGCCCCAUCCCCAGCAGAAUCUUAUCAAUUAGAUUUAAUGCCUUCUGAGGGUGUUAGUAAAAGUCUUACAUUUAUGGAUUUAAUGAAACAAAGAAGAUAUGGGAAUAAUAUUGAACAAUGCCCUUGUAUUAUUUUACCUGGAUCAAAUAAAUGUGUGGUAUAUGAUUCGAGAUAUCAAGCAGCGUUGAUAGAGUAA